AUGGAGAAUUCCAACGGCACAAAAACUCUAGGGAGAAGGAAAAUCCCAAUGAGGAAAAUCGAGAAUAAAUCAAGCCUGCUAGUCGCCUUCACCAAGCGCCGCGGCGGGCUCUUCCGCAAAGCCACCGAACUCUCCAUCCUCUACGGUGCGGAAGUCACGAUUCUGGUGCAAUCCCCGGCGCCGAAGCUCUACGUUUUCGGCCACCCCGCUCUGAUCGACCGCAUCGAUCCGAUCUCCCGCCGCCGCUGCGACAACGGCGGGUACAAGGCGGCGAUGAAGAUGGAGAAGAGGAGAAGAGGAGAAGAGGAGAUGAAUUCAAUUUGCCGACGUAACCUAUUUUUGGCUAUGCAAUGA